GCCUCAGCCAUAAACUGUUCAAGAGAUGAGGGAGAAUCACGGGUUGAGUACAUAUUCAGCCCAUGAAUCGGUGAGUAGCGCUAGUGUUACGCUUACGUCAUCGCUCGGAUUCUCGGAUGUCGCCAUUGAUAUAGUUAGACAACGAUGUCACGGAAUAAACAUUCAUAAGCAUAUUUAUCAAUGCUCGAUGCCGUCUCGGAUUGAUAGGUCGACAGUGAAUGAAAAUGGCUAAUUGUCAGAUUUGUUGGUGUAACAGGUGAGGUGCUAAUUGUAGUUAUAAGUGAUACUAGGCUCAGCUAUACAAUUUCUGAGACACUUGACUGUCGAAGUUACUGUCGUGGUGGUCAAAUAAGAGUGUGUGAUGUUAGUUAACGUGCAAUGGAACUGUCUCACAGGGAAGGAGUGCGAUAAGUGGAACAACAUGAAUGGAUAAUUCAGUUUUUCCUCGUCAGACGUAACGAUUAAACAGGCGCCGUGUGAUCGCGACGUCUCAACCAGGAUCCAGUUAAUCCGAUCUGUAUUUUUUUACCGAAUAUCAGAAAGAUGUUAUCUCUGAAUAUUACCGUGAAAUGACACAAAGUGUAGGCUUGAACACAUCAUCAAAAUGUAGACUAGCCCGACUUAUGACCAUUCAAAAAACAUACGGUUUUCCUUUCAUUCUUAAAAUUAAAUCUCCACUCUUCAAUACGUUCGUAUAUAUAAUAUUAUAAUUUCCAAUAGUUAUUUUCAAAGUUGUUCGUUCCUUGGCUGGUGAAUACUUUAGUGCCCGUAACGUUCACUUUGCCUUUCGACACAAUAAAAUUCCACACUAGUACAAGUAUGAGGCUGAUUUCAAUACCCUUAGCUGCGGAAAUAUACACAUGCUAGGAUUUCACGAGUGAUUGAGCAACAUGGCUUCUGGUACAUCUUCCCUGGAUAGCGCUGGCAGUAGCGAUGGCGCACUUAACAUAGAGAGGGAUAGCGGAGGCUACGGCAGUGUUGGGAGUCCUGUAGGGGGAGCCGAAUGUCAUAGCGACUACGAUGGCUUGCAGGCUCAAUGUGAUCCAACUAUGCACCAACUUCAGCUGCUUAGGCAUAAGCAUUCCGACACUAUUCGACGCUGUGAGCAUACUAUGAAAGAGUUGAAAUAUUAUCGGGGGCAACAUAGGGCAGCCAUGAAUCAAUUGGAAGCAACGGCUCAAGAAAGCUCCACCCUGAGGGGAAAAUAUAGUGAUAUGGUAAAUGAUAAGCAACGUCUCGAUCGAGAAGUCCAAGCUUUGCAGAAGGAGGUAUCGGAGUUGCGAUGCCAAAAUCAGGAAGUCUUAGUCACAGAUGCGAAUAAUACUGAUGCUAUGAAUCAACACUACUUAUCAGCCCUUAGAAAGUACGAGGCUAUCAAAGAUGAAUAUGAUUCUCUUAGGAAGAGGUACGAUGAUCUCAUAUCGUCACAUUCAUCUGCCGUUAACAAGCUGGAAUUGGCACAAGAAGGUGCUGCCAGGUUAAAGAAACAAUGUGAAGAAAUAGCACAGGAGCGGAUCAGUGCUGUGAGAGAGCGUAACGGGUUGAAACAGCAGUGUACAGCUGCUAUCCGGCAAUGGGAUAUUGCAUUGAGAGAACGAAAUGAAUACAGAGAAGCUCUAGCCAAGAUUCAGCAGCAACAUGAAGAAGCAGUCAAAGAGAUUAACCAGGCUAUGGUUGUACGUAUGAAGGCUAGUAAGGAUAUGAAGCGAUUGACAGAAGAGAGAAACGCUGCUUUGCAGGAGUAUAGUUUAAUCAUGGGAGAACGUGAUACAGUUCAUAAAGAAAUGGAAAAACUUGGUGAUGAUCUUACUCAAGCUUACAACAAAAUAACACAUUUGGAAAACCAGAAUAAGCAGUUUGUUGAAGAAAAAAAGACACUUUCCUACCAAAUUGAAACUUUAAGGAGAGAAAUUUCGUCGGCCCUGCAUGAUCGUGACGAAGCACUCAAAGAGUGUAAUGAUCUUCGGAAAAAAUUCGGCGAUUAUUCAGAAGGCUCCAGCAGGGAUUAUAAGCAUCGCUUGGAGUCACAUUCGUAUAACUGUGAGAGAGAUAAUGCUAAUAAAGAAGCAGAGCGUGAAACAAGUACACGAGAUUAUGCGAAAAGAGAAAAAGAACGAAUGGAUAAUUUGGACCAAGCGAAUCUUGAGCUUGAUAAGUUACGAAAAUCCGUUGAUACUCUGCAAGCAGAACUUGAAGAGGCUAUUCAAGAAGCUGAGGUUUCUAAACGUAGAAGAGAUUGGGCUUUUAGUGAAAGAGAUAAAAUUGUAUUAGAGAGAGAAAGUAUUAGAACUUUGUGUGACAGACUUAGAAAGGAGAGAGAUCGUGCUGUUUCUGAACUUGCCAGUGCUCUGCGGGACUCAGAUGACAUAAAGAAACAACGAAAUGAGGCUUCCAAAGAGUUAAAAGACCUAAAAGUGAAAAUUGAAUCAGGGGAUCACGCAUUGCGGUCCAGUCAAUUUGGUCAAAGUCAUGGACAUAGUCAUGAUUCUGCUAUUGAUGCUGAUCUUACUGAAUGGGAAGCGCUGACAGUUCACCUAGACUUAACAAGAUUGUGUCUUGAGUCAGAUCGGGAGCUGGGGUUCUUAUUAGUUGGAGGCAGAGAUGAUCCUCAAUAUCCAAACGAUGGAGGAAUUUACGUCGCCCAAGUCACACAAGGAAGUGUUGCUGAUGGUAAACUUAGAGUUAAUGAUUGCAUAAUCAGAGUUAACAAUGUCGAUUGUACGGCAGUCUCAACUAGAAUGGUGCUUGAGACACUAAGAACAAGUAGCGUCAGUCCAGCAAUAUUGACCAUUAGGAGGCGUCGUUUAGGAAGACGUUCGCUGCGGACUACUCAGCUUCCUGUGGGAUCAGUUCCUCACGGAAUUGCACUUGAACUUGGCGUUUACAUAUCGAAGAUUUCUCCUGGUAGUCUGGCUGCUAAAGAAGGAAAUUUGGCUGUUGGUGAUCGUGUGUUGAAUAUCAAUAGUAAGCCAAUGGACCGGUUAAAUUCAGCGCACGAAGCAAUGGCAAUAUUAAAUGACAAUUCUACAGAUGUGCUGACAAUCACAACACUGAAAGGAAUACCCUUACCUCCGAGUAACAGUAAAUCUUUGUCUGCUGACAGUAAUUUUAGUUCAGAGAAGCAUAAAAUGGUAAAUAGCUUUUCGCAAACUGAACAGGAGAGGUUAAUGUUAAAAACGACUCCUGAAGAUUAUGAUAGACGAUACGUAACAUCAAAUUUUGGCAGUGUGUAUAAAGUGUCAAAAUCAACGAAUGGAGAUAAACCAAGCGGUAUUAGCAAUGCUUGGGAUAAUAUCAGGGAGAAAAUUGAUAUCGUCAGAGGUCGUAGGCAUAGCAAAGACAGGGAAGAAAAAAAGAAAAGACAUCGCAAUUCUAGUCCAAAUACUUUUGAACAGGAACAAGAUGCUAUAGCGGAGCUUGAUUCUGUGAUAGAAAGCUAUCAUAAAAAAGCUAAUAACGGUGUUUUAAAACGAAGUAAACGAAGAGGAGAGAAAUUAGAAAAAAAUGGUGGUACUUGGCCAAAGGCUAGAGGCGGUCCUCAAAUACAGAAUGGAACAGGUACUAUACUGCAUCCACGGAAAACCAAAGAAAGGCUUCCAUUGAGUGUACUUCUGAAUCACCCUCCGAAAUAUGAGAGCUACAAUUAUAAUCGCAACUCUAAUCCCAUCCCUGCGGCAACAUUUUCAAACGUUAGCAACAGGCAUACUGUCUACAAGGCAGUUGAAAGUCCAUUGCCUAAUUUCAGUAAAUCUGGUAAGCUUUUCAGUCAGAAAUCGUUUUCACCUGCUGUACAGUUCAAGGAUAUCCAAAUAGAUAAGAAAUCUGUAAAUGAAUUUGAGGUGAAUGAAAGUCGUUUAAGUGCUGCUCUUGCUCCUUCCGAAACGAGCAUCGAUUUUUCCGUAAAAUCAUGCAAUAUUGGAAAAGAAUUGGAUUACUAUACCAAGAAAAAAGCCCAGAAAUAUCUAAGCAAUGACAACCAGAUGGAUGCCAUGCAACACAACAGAGUACACUCGCAACUCUACAGUCUAGGCUCGGCAUCGACUGGGCCACGACAACUAGCGGCUAAUUUCUCUUUCCCCCCUUACACUCAUUCCCAUCCCCAUCCUCAUCAACAAAAUUCUCUACCUUCCAGGUACCCUUCACCCCCAUCCUUACCGUCCGCACAGUCCGGAGAGUCUAUAGGUCUCCCUGAUCCGAGAUCGUAUUGUUUCGAGCCGCCUUAUAGCCCAUCAACACAACCGGGGUUUGGGCAUUUGCACACGCCAUCAAUGGAUCUGCACUAUCACAAGUCUCGUCCUCAUCCUAUAACUACUGCUUACGACGUACCAGCGUAUACUCAUGGGUACGAAGGAGGAACCUUUCCUCGGAAGAAAGAGAAUCAAAGAUUUCGCAUUCCAUCCAAUCCCAGUGUGACAUCAAAGAGUAGUGUUGGCAAACUAUCUACUGGAAGCAUAGAACGAACCUCCGACAGAGGCAGUCCAAUGCCUACUUUUCACGUCGAAGUUCUAAGCCCUGGGACAGGAACUACUAGAGGGGAUAACAAACGGUCCAGUAUGCCAGAAUAUUGUUAUGCACAACCGAGACCAGCACCAGGAGAAUUACGACGUGUUCACAUUGAUAAAUCUGUCGAACCAUUGGGUAUUCAAAUCUCCUGUUUGGAGAGCGGUGGAGUAUUUGUGUCAACAGUAAGUGAGCACAGUUUGGCUUCACAAGUUGGACUGCAAAUUGGAGACCAGCUGCUGGAGGUCUGUGGCAUUAACAUGAGGAGCGCCACUUACCAGCUUGCAGCAAAUGUAUUACGCCAGUGUGGUAAUUCUAUUACUAUGCUGGUACAAUACAGUCCAGACAAGUACAAUGAAUUAGAAGGCUCGGCAUCUUCUAGUUCUUCGGAAGCUGGUGGAGAAGAAGAAGCGAGCAGAAGUGGUUCACCAACACCUUGUAAUAGUCCUGAAGCUUCCCGUAAGGCAGCUCAAAGCUUAGAUUCAUCUGAACCUGAGCGAGAUGCUUCGUCUUUGAGCGUGAUGAGAGGAGACAGAGAAGCUAGAAAUUCCGCAUCUCUAGAUAUUAGGAGUACUCAAGACAGAGAACGAGACAUCAGAAAUUCAGCAUCACUUGAUAUCAAUGUGCGGAAUCCAGAACUUCGAAAUUCUACUGCACUAGACCUCAGAAACAGCACAGCAUUAGAUAGCAUUAGAAAUUCUGCAACAAUGGAAACCUUGAGAAGUGGUAACAAUACUUUGACUCGUGCGCAAAUAAAUCAAGCAGUUACGACGUUGCAACGUCAAAAUGCUACUGUCCGAAGUCCGACACAAGAUGAGCAAAGUAGACAGAGUCCACCACCCGGGGACCCUAGGUAUCUGUUCAUAGAAACUCGAAAAUGUUCUAAUCUUGGUAUUUCCCUUGUCGGAGGUAACAGCGUUGGUAUUUUUGUAAACUCUGUGCAACCUGGGUGUCUGGCAGAAGGUGCUGGGCUGCGAACCGGUGAUCGUAUUCUUGAAUAUAACGGAGCUGACCUGCGGCAAGCUACCGCCGAACAGGCUGCUUUAGAGCUUGCCAGGCCAGCAGACAAAGUCACGUUAAUAGCGCAACACUUACCUGAUCACUACAAAGAAGUUAAGGACAAGCCAGGUGAUAGUUUCUAUAUACGAGCAAUGUUUGACAGAGUGGGAGAGCUCGGUAAUAACUUGCAACUGCGAUUCAACAAGGACGAUGUUCUAUAUGUCGAUAAUACUAUGUUUAACGGUACACCAGGAUAUUGGAGAGCUUGGCUAGUAGAUCAAGCAGGAAGACGCCAACAAUGUGGCAUUAUUCCCAGUAGGUUUAAAGUUGAAGAAGAGUUAUUGUUACGACGAUCCUUGGGUGAUUUGGAGACAGAUGCUGGCAGACGAGGUACAACUAGUGCUAGACGAAGUUUUUUCCGUCGUAAAAAGCAUCAACGAUCGUCUAGUAGAGACAGCAAAGAGCUUUCUCAACUUACUGGAGUGAACCUUGGCUGGUAUAGCGAUAGUGGUACUCUUAACGAAGAAAACAUACCAGCCACCUACCAGCGUGUCGAACGACUUGAUUAUCCUACUUUGAGACCGGUGUUAAUAAUCGGCCCACUGAGCGAGUGUGUAGCAACAAAACUCCUGCAAGAGUUUCCUCGAGAGUUUAUCAGAUGUUUGCCGGAAGCUAUGCACUGCUCACAGGUUACCUUAGAGCAGCACUUGCGUGAUUCACUUUAUGUUGACUACAAAAAGAAAGGCAGCUAUUUUGAGUGCACCACUGUUCAGGCAGUUAAGGAAAUUUGUGAAAAGAAUUCACACUGCAUCUUAGAUGUGUCUAUUGCUUCUAUUGAACGAUUACAUAGACACCAGAUAUAUCCGAUCGUUUUGCUAAUCAAGUUUAAGAGCACAAAACAAAUAAAGGAAGUUAAGGAUUCCAGGUAUCCAAGUGAUAAAGUUAGUGCAAAGGCGGCUAAAGAGAUGUAUGAACAUGCUCUUAAACUGGAGGCGGAAUAUAAGCACUAUAUCUCUGCUGUGAUACCAGCUGGCGUAAAUGUGGCAUACAUAUGCACGCAAGUGAAAGCAGCAGUAGAUGAUGAGCAAAGCAAAGCGUUAUGGGUUGCCCGUGGACCACCUUGACAGCAGCGGGGGGGGUCCCAUAAGCCACAGUGGAAAUCGAUCUAACUGCUUGACAGGGUCCUCAUAAAAAAGAUAGGUAUGGAAGAGUGUCAUGAAACAUGAUUCAUCGUGCUUUAAUAAAUCGACCACAAAAAGAGGAAAAAAGU